AUGAGACCAUCACCAAUAUUCUCACCCUCCUCCUCCAUCCCCUCGACCCAAUCUCCAUCCCUCCCUCAGCCCCAACCCCAACCCCUCCCCCUAACCACCUUCCCCCUCUUCCCCCGCCUCCCCACCGAACUCCAACUCAAAAUCCUCCACCACUGCACCCAUCUCGCCCCCCGCAACAUCGACAUCUGGACAUCCUGGAAAAGGUGCUCUCACUCCAACACAAUCUUCUACAUCCAGCAAUACAGCUCCUUACUAUCAGCGAGCGCUUCAGUCGCCCCGGUAUUAUUGUCUGUGUCGAAGGAUGCGAGGAGGGAGUGUUUGGCUGUGGUGGGGAGGGAGUUUGAGAGUGUGAUGAGUGUUUCUGUUGCGAAAAGGGGAGGGGGUGAUUUAGGGAGUGGGAGUGGAAGCGGGUGUGAGAGGGGAAGAGAGGUGGGGAGUGAGGUUGAGGUUGUGGGUGAGUUUGAGAGUGAGGAUGGAGGGAAAGGGAGAGGGAAAAGAAAGCGAAAAGGGGAAGGGAGCGGCAAAAGAUAUGCAGAGGUUCAACCUCGUAUGGAAAUUGAGAGCGAAGAUUCCACCCAAUCCAUCAUCACAGCCACCCUCCCCCCAACACUAUUCCUCAACUACCAAAUUGACACGCUCAUCCCCCGCGGUUUCUGGAACCUAGUAUCCUUCUCCGACUUCACGACUCGGAUCUCAUUUCUCGGUCAUCAAUCCAUCGCAAUUGAUGUCUCGGGCUGUUUCUGGAGAGAGAAUCUAAGGGAUUAUUGUAGGAGGAGGUGUUGGGUGCUGAAUGGGGUGGGGGAAGUAUUGGUUUAUGAUGGUAGGGAGUCGAGGAAGGGGAUACUGAAGGAGAGCGAUAAUUUGGAGAUGUUUAGAGAGAGGGUGGUGAGCGAAAAUUUGGCGGGGAGUGUGGAGAUGAGGUUUGUGGAUUUGGAUUUGGAUUUGGAUUUGGAUUUGGAUUUGAACAUUUCUGAUUUGAAAUCGAAGGGGGAGGGUGCGGGGGAAGUUGAGGGAGAUGCAGUUGCAGGCGCCAACGAGGGAUACAGGGAAGUCAAGGACGUGGCGAGGUUUUUGAACAAGGUCUUUGAUGUCAUUGAGAACGACGUGGAUGUCGAAGGGGACGAAGAGUUUGGAACUGUAAGGAAAGCAGAAUUCGUUUCCAUGGAACCUACGGAGAAGAGCGAGUUCAGGAGGCCGGUGGUUAGGCUGGUGAGGUUGGUUACUGAGCCGGUUGGGAAGACUGUUUAAGUAUUGGUGUUGGACUUUAAGGUUGGAUUGUAGCAUUAUUUGGAGCUUUGGGAGCGGGAUAUUAUUAUGCACGGAUUUUGGUAUAGUUAAUCGUGGUUGAAUUGCUUGGCAAGCAUGGUGUUUGGACUCAAUCCAAAGGCUACAUACACUUAUCGUAUGUAGCAUCUGCUACCGAAUUUUCAAGCACUGAGCGAAUGCCAUGCAUUUCUUUCGCUGGUCGGUUCCAGUCACUUGAAAAAUGCCAGAAACGAUCAUUUACGAUCUUCACUAAACUUGAC